AUGGCAGAUCCCGAAGUGCAAGCUGCGUCUGAGAAACGCACGCCUGCAGACAACAUCCCCAAAGCGCCCGAGCCCCUACCGACGCUGAGCUGGUGGGAACGGUGCUUCGAAGUCAUCGCCACUGUGAUCACGGGCGUUGUCUUCAUAGCGAAGCUCCUGCAACCUGUAUCGAUUUUCAUCGGCUCUUGCGCAUUCAUUUGGAUCUGCUGGACCAUCCUUCAGUUCUGCAGGCAUGGCUCCAGGAUUCUGUUCCUGUGGGGAAUCCGCGUCGACCAACCCAACUUACGAAAAAGUUUCUUGCUUCCGAGCCUCUUCGCCAUCUUUGCCAUUAUCUUCAUCUGCGUGGGCGCUGCUGUGCAGGGCCGAAACAUCGUGUUUGACAAUUGGCACCUGUGGUUGAUUUUUGUCGUCUAUCCGUUUUACGGUGUCUUGCAGCAUGUGAUGCUGCAAGCCUUUCUGAUGCGAAACUUGAGCUGGUGCGUUACUGGCUCCGACGCUACCUCCGUGCUCAACGCUUUCAUGCAAAAGCCUGGGCUGUUGACCUUCCUACCUCUUGCGGCGUGCGUGGCAGUCUCAGCCGCUGCGUUCGCCUUUGUGCACUGGCCCGACCGCUGGUUGAUGAUUGGCACCGGCGUCAUGGGGGUGCCCUGGGCUGUGGAGUACUUGCUGCACCGCAAUGUCCUGCCCUUGGGUCUCUACCAUGGAUUUCUGGGCACCCUCUUCUACUUCUGGUUUCUUGGUGGGGAUCCCCUUAGCGGGAUGUUCUGA